UGUCACAGAAUGUAAAAUCGUUCAAGAGUGAAAACGAAAACGGUUUUAGCUUCUCUAAAAAACGGAAAACGCAAAAAUUUUGCGUUUUGAUAUCACUUUCAAAAAGCAGGGUGAAAUUGAAAUGUUUAGUGAUUUUAACGUAAAAAAUAAACAGAAGACACAUACAUUUAACAGAAAAUAUUGUAUUAACCAAAUUCUCUUAGAAUGAACAUGUUUUUGGAAUUUAUUUUACAAAAAAUCUAUUAUUUUUCUAAUCCAUGAUGAAAACGCAAAAAAAUAUGCAGAAAUGAUCGGCAGACUUGUAUUGUUGAAUUAUUGCCAUAUGUGUUGAAGAAGAAGGUGUAGAAAUGUACAACUGACAGACCAAAAAGCAAGAAGGGGAAAAACAAAAAAACAAUUAAUUGUUUGGUUUGAGACAGAGCGCUUCAGUCAAUCGGGCAAAAAUGGGCAAACACCGAAACGUUAAACAGGACAAAUUUUUUAUCAAUUUUAUGGAUAAACAUCACGAUAUUGCCAGGGGCUAUGUAAAAGGUGAUAAGGUUGUUGUUGAUUCCCUAUGGACAGAAUUGACAGCUUUGCUGAAUAGUUCAGGUCCACCAAGUAAAACCUGUAAAGAAUGGAAGAAAGUUUGGUCAGAUUGGAAAGGAAAUGUUAAGGCGAAGAUGUGCCAUAAUAAAAAGGACUUGCGAGGAACUGGUGGUGGUGAUAUCAAUCAAUAUGUUUUCAAUGAACACGAGAACAGUUUAAUCAGAAUUUGCGGAUUGUAUAAAAGUGUCGAUGGAGUUGGUGGUGCAGUAAGCUUUGCGGAUUUUGUAAGUGAAUUAGACCUCAGUUGUUCUGAAAAAGAAAACUUUGAUUCGUCAUCAUCUACACAUAUUCCAAGAACUCGAAAAUCAAGUCAAUUAGUUUUAAGUGAAUCUGAAAACGAAGAGCUUAAUUUUUCACCCUCAACUUCAAAGCAGACCACUUCGAUUUUAAAUAAAAAAGAUAGACCAAGAUCAUGCAUUCCAGCUGCUUUUAAAAAUGUUUCUACAUUGGCAAUUGAUCCAAGAACACCAACAUUGGAAGAAAUCCGUUCGCGAACACCUAUUCAAAAACGACUUAGAAAUAAAAGCUUAUCGUGUUCUCCGCCAUCUACACCAAUAAGACAAGUGUCGGGCAGCCUAACAAAAGCAAAACCCACGCCUGCAGUAAAAAGACCCCGGGCAAGAACUCCCUCAAAGCAAGAUCUAAAUGCGCUUUUAGUUGAGGUUGAAAAUUCUAGAAGAUAACAGUAAGGAAAUGAAAAAACAAACUGAAAAGUUGGACAGACUUUGUAACAUCCUGGAAAAAAAGUAUGUGGAAGAGCAGUUUUAUAAUAUUGAAAUGCAAAAGAGAAUGCGUGAACGGAACGAAAUGAAAUUCAAAAUAGUUGAACUUGAAACUCUUAAAUAUGCUGUAGAACAGGAAAAAGCAAAUACGACUCGUUCUUAACUUUACAUUAUUUUACACAAUGGACUAAAAACAAUCUGUUUUUUGUUUUAUAAAAUGUUUUUUUUUAUUAUUUAAAUGAAUUGAAAUAAAAAAUGCAUUAGUUCAUUUGACUAGCAAUAUUAUUUCUAAUACGUUUGGCUACGUUGUACAUAUUUAUUUCAGGGUAGAUGUCCACAAUAUUUUGGUCGUUUUCAGAAUUUUCCUCAUUUGUAACAGGUAUCUCGUCUUCUUCGCAAGUAUUGAAGCCCCUGGCAUUUUUACUUUUGGUGUUUAUAUUAUAAAAAAACAAUUUAAACUCCUUUUUUAAUUGUCAAUAAUUUGUUUACGACUUUUUUUCAUGGAGUUACCAUAUUUUUAUUUCAAAAAUGUGAAAUGAUUUUUUUUCCGGAUUAGUCAAAUCGUACGAGUGCUGAAGAAGCAAAAGCAAAUCGUAACGAUUUGGAAAAGGUGAAAUAAAUCGAUUUCGUAAAACUUCUGUGACAUGCCU